AUGGCGACCGAAACGCUGUGGACGAUCGGCCAAGAGGUGAAUGUUACGCCUCGUACUUGGCCUGGAAUUAACAAACCCGGUGGCCAUGGCAAGAUUGUCAAAAUUCACUACUCGAGUCUUGGAGUUGUUGACGGCCUUGAUGUCAAAUAUACCCUCAACAAUAGUACGGACAAAAACUUGGAGGCAGACCUUGUCACACCGCACGUGGAGCUCGACAGAGGGCGUCGAAGUCGAAGGAGCCGAGAAUUUUUGACGAUGGAGCAGCCAUCGGUGAAAAAGAGGUGCGUUUCUAAGAGAAAUCAGCCUACUCCAGUGGCUUAUGAUGAGGACAGUAGUGAGGAUGAGAAUGAGGACAGUAGUGAGUGUGAGGAUGAGAAUGAGGACAGUAGUGAGGAUGAGAAAGAGAACAAGUGCUGUGGAGACUCCAAAUCAAACAGUAUCAAAGCGCGUGCUGAUGCAAAUAAGUCCAGAAGAAAUGAAAUUUUCACUAAAAAUGUCGCCGGGAAGCAGUCUGAUCGAGAUCCUUUGAAGCAGAAAUACAGCAACAACAGACGAGAAAUCGCAGCGGCACCCCAAACAACAAAAAAACCAUUCAGGAAGAGUUCUCCUGUGGCGCUUGCAAGCCCUGCGAAGAAAUGCAAGCCACCUUCCAUAGAAGUUCCUCGUCUUGUGGUGACAAACGCCAUUCAACUAGGAGUCUCAGUUUCACCACUGGCUGGAGGCGCCAGCAAUGACAAUCGCCGACAAACGAGCUCCCAUGCAGCUGUGUCAAACGAUGAAAUUUCUACGCAUGUAAGCAGAUGCCCAAAGCAAGCGAAAACGAAUCAUGCCUCGAUCCCCAAUCUUGGAGGAGCCAAAUUGAAAAGAUCAUAUGAUCGCGACAUUCAAGAAGGGAGCAUCUUCCUUAAUGACAUUGUUGCAAGCAAACCAACAACUGUGGCAGCAAAGAAACCAGCUCCACCACCCCCAGUCAGGGUGGUCAAGACUGAAAGUGAGCGUCUCCAGGAAGAACGAUUUCAGUUGUUCUCGAAGCUCUUCAACGACAUCUCGCAUCGCAACGAUGACUCAAUUCCAGCUAAUGAGUUGACAGCGAUGAUCAACUCCUCUGGCAAAUCAUCGUCAGUAUUCAAGCCAUUUUCUCAUGAGGAAGCGCAAAGCUUCGUGGAUGAGCUUUGUAGACAAGAUAAAGCCAUGCAGAGUGAGGGCACUUACUUUGCCUGUUGA